GAUAAAAGUCUGGAGAAUAUUAAUAACGAGUGCAAACAAAUCAUAAAAUCAAUUUCUUUGAUCAAAUAUGAUAUCAGACGCGAUGACAAAACUCCGAUUUAUUGGACCGCGUUUGUUCAAAAAAUAAUAGAAGACUUUAAAGAAAGUUUGGUUGUAAAUAUUCGAAAUUCAUUAAAGUCAGCGAGAAAUUUUUUUGAAGGCGAUAAUAUAAUUUCUGGAGCUUUUUUAGUAAUAGAUGCUCAUUAUUUAGAUGGCCAGAUCGUCUUCCAACCGGAUGUGGAAGAAAUUAAAAGAGUUAUUGAAUUAAUAACUUCAUUGGAUAAGGAGGUAUAUUCAAUUGAAAUUUGUAAUAAAAUAUUUGAUCUGAUUGAUUUGCGAGCUAAAGAUAAGAUAACUUUAAUAGAAGCUCAGGAAGAAAUAACAGAGCUUAAGAAUAAUCUUAAAGAAGAAACGGAUGCAGCCAUUGCUGCGCUGGAUAAAUUUAUUAAGUCACUUGAUAUUAAAUUGUUAGCGCAAGUCGAGGGAAAAUUAAGUGAGUUUAAAAAUGAAGAUAAUUAUAACAAGAAUAGUUUUGAAGAAGAAAUUCUGAGAUGCAGUGAGCUUUCUAAAGCUAUAUCAUUGAUAGCGGACAAUGUAGAUAUUAAAUUUAUAUCUUUAAACACAGUUAACAUGAAAUUGCAGAUAAUCGAAAAGUGCGAUAAUUUGAAAUGUCUUCAAUGCCUAAAAUAUACUAAGCUAAAAACU